AAAAUGCAGAAUAACGAGGGUCAAUUGGAGUUUCCAAAUAAUGAUGCUGGACCUCUGAAUAUGAUCCAGCUUCAAAACCUCAUGCGAGAAAUGCGGGCCCAUAUCGAGGUACAGCAGCAGCAAAUAAACAACCAGCAGGAGCUGAUAGCUGGUCACUUGCAAAGGGAGCAAGAGAGGCAGCAACAGGAGCAAGAAAGGCAACAACAGGAGCAGCAAGAGAGACAGCAGCAACAGGAACGAGAAAGACAACAACAAAUGGAACGUCAAAGACAGCAGCAGCUGGAACGUCAAAGGCAGCAGCAAAACCAACAACGUAGGCUGCAGCAAAAUCAACAACAAAGACAGCAGCAGAGACCGCAACAGAGGCAACAGUUGAGGCAAGAGCCAAAUGAUGACCUACAUCAAAGGGAGGAAGACGAAGAAUCCAAUGCAGGUUCUAGAAGAACACGAAGAGGUGGACUCGCAAGAAGGGAGCGAUUCAACCCCUACAAUCUUGCUAUCGAUAACAUGGUCAGAUAUCAAGUUGGAAUGAUGUAUUCUGUUACGAACAUGGUUCGAGCAAGACUCAAAGAUUUGGCAUGCGACCAGUAUGAUGAAAAUUUUGGACAGAAAUUGGAUUUGCUCUACCAACAAAAAGUGUUCAUGACAGCCAGAGAGAUUGUGCAUGUAAUAACUGCAUUACAAAAUUUGGAAAUUUAA